AUGUCAAACAUGAUAUAUGAUGGCCAACAAAUAGUGAAUUUAAUAGAAAAAGCCAAGGCGACGAAAGAUAGGCACACAAUUAAGGAACAUUCAUUGAUGUUGGAUCAAUCAGCAGCAGUUAAGAGCGGCAGCCUGGUGAACAUUGAUGUCUUUAGAAGGCUUCUACAUCUCCAGGCAAUGAGACGUGACGGGAUCAAUUUUAACUAUCUUGGACGACCCCUGAUUGACAACACCAUAGAUAUAUUAAAUAGAAUGAAACUUGGAAGUCAAUAUCCAAAGUUAGCCUUCGAAAUAUUGGACGGACAGUCUCUUUUGGAUAUCAUGUCUGCGCACCAACCAUCUAAACAGCAGAUGCCAAAGAAGAAUCCAGAAAUUGGUGCCACACAAAAAUUGAACAAUACUGGUAAAAGCAAAAACUUAAACACUAGCAGGAUCAAAUCGAGUGAUAAUAAAAUUCAUGGAGACAACGAAAAUCCGUCACCGAUCAACAAAAAUCGCCAAAAAUUGGUAAGUUUGUACUCUAUUGAUGGAGAGCAUAAUUCAAAGUUCAAUUCACCUAACGAGAACAAUGUACAAUAUCCAUUCGACCAAUCUGAAAACAUGAUUGUAGAUUACCCUAUAAAAAAACCUAUGAAGACCGGUAGAAACUUAUUAGACGCAGAUUAUUUGGAUCAAAAUGACGGUAUACAGCAACAAGUAUCUGUUGACAUCGGUACGAGGAAUAACUUAGAAACUACAACGGGUAAUCCGGUUAAUCAUACUCACACUCUCGGUCAACAAACACUCCUUGAUACUGCAACCCAAGAUAGAUCACCAAUGGUUACAAGAUUAAAGGACCAAUCUCAAAAUGAUUCUGACAUUCAAAGAUCAUUACCAAAAGACACAAAAGAUCUCGGUCAGGUAUUUGUAACUGAAAAUCAAGGAACCACCGUCUCCGGUACCAACCACACAAUUAUUACUGGCGGUGGUAACGUCCUUACAUCGACACCUGUGGACACAUCCAUGAACGAAGUUGUGAUUCCAGAAAACUAUAUAAAUGUUGAUCCAACUAUUGUUGGUAAUACUGAUUUCAUGCUGCAAACCGAAAUCGAAACUUUCAUACAAAACACAUCAGCAUUGAUGACUGGACAAUUAGCAACACAACUUGAAGCUCCAACAGACACUGUUUCUCUUACCAUAUCAUCAGCAACGCCAUCGACCAAACCAAUAAGACUCGCUUUAACUUCUCAAAUGAAAAGUGUAAGGAGUAACACGACUGCACAAGACACUUCCUUGAGUAGUCACCCUACAUCAGAAGUAACAGAGCAAGCAACAAAAUACCAUUCACUACCAACGACCCAAGAGAAUUUAACAACCAAUAGAGUUACAACCACAGUUAGCUCUGAUUUUGAUUGGUGUACUUUCCUCUGUAAUGUUAUGAAACGCUGCUCACCUGCGUGUAGUGGCCAUUUUACAAGCUGGAAUCGCUGA